AUGCAUUAUGAAACCCUCAUGACCGAGGAAAAUAAGGUGUUGUACCUGUGGACCCCUGCACCUGCGAGGGUAGUGGAAGCUGCUCCACCGAGAGUACCACCUGCCGAGGUGCCGAGAAGAUCGAUUGCCGAGCCUACCGAGCUUCCAAGAAGAAAAGCCAUCAGAGUUAAGGAGCCCUCUAAAGGGAAAGGCAAAAGAAAAGCCGAGGAAGCCUUUUCGAAGAAACCCUCGGCAAGACCCCCAAUCGUUGCUAGAGUUUCUCUGGCGAUUGUUGACAAGCCUGAAGACCCUAAUAUUCCUUCUUUGGAGAAGAAGAAAAUGAAGAAGAAGAAGAAAACCGAGGGUAAUUCACAGGCAGCACAACCGGUUGUUGACUUGGAGGCAAAGGAGAAUGAGGCACAUCCGGUCCUUGAUGUAACGGGGUUAGUACCUGGUGCUAUUCUCGAAAAAGAAAGAGCUAGGGUGAUAAGUGAUUCGAGGGCACAUGAAAAGACAACUCCUGAGGUAGAAGCGCUUGCUCCUCAUGUUAGAGCAUAUACCGAGGUUCUCAAUGGAGUUAGGGAGUUUUUAGGCAAACAGGAUACUUCGGCCCGAGAUGUUCUUCUUGCCAACCGACCUCCUCGAUCAUCCUCUCAUACACCAGUUAGAGCCGGACCUUCCUCCUCCGAGGCUUUAGAGGUCGAACCACUCUCAGCGGUUCUUCUUUCUUCAACUCCUACCGAAGUUGUGCACCCGAGUGCUUCUAAUUCCGAGGAAGAGGAACCGGUGGAUGUUGGUCAGAUCCUUAAGGAUCUUGCUUCGAACAUGCCAAUUGUAGAGCCACUAGCAGUGAUCUUCCCAAGGCAAACUGAAGCAAAAAGUUCGUCCCUACACCCUGAGGUUGCAAGUACCGAGCCUGUGGUUGCUGAAUUUACAGGCAGUGGACCUAAGGUUAAGGAACCAGUUACUACUGAACCCUCGGCCACCGAGCCUACUAAUGAUGUGCCAAUAAUUACAGAGCCCAUGGCUACCGAGCAUAUAGUUGUUGAAGAGGGGGCCGGUGUUUGUGAGGAUAUUGAGCAGCUGGAUGCUGACCCUACUACAACUGCUAAUGAAGCCGAAGGAGAAUCAGCUAACCUCGGAGGUUCAUCUCAACUACCGAGAGAUAGUCCUUCGAAUGAACCUGCACAGACUCCUACCGAGACUUUACGACCAGCUAGUCCAUCAGUAGACCGCACGCCUGACCCGAUUACUUGGUCAUUUGGGGAGCCUCUAACUCGGCUGGGUGACAACUAG